AUGGACAUAUUGUUCCGAAGAAUGCCGGAGUUUGGCUGCACACCAGAUGUAGUUUCCUGCAGCACGCUUCUCAAGGGUUUAUGCAAUGAAAAGAGAGACGAGGAGGCACUUGAGCUGCUGCACACGAUGGCUGAUGAUGGAGAUGGAAGCUGCACACCAGAUGUUGUGACAUACAGCACCGUUAUCAACGGUUUGUUUGGCGAGGGUCGGGUGGAAAAAGCUUACAACCUGUUUCUUAAAAUGCUGGAUGGGGGAAUUUCGCCAAAUGUUGUGACAUACAACACGAUAAUUGAUGGCCUGUGCAAAACUCAAGCAGUUGACAGGGCCGAGGGUGUCCUUCAGCAGAUGAUUGAUAAAGGUGUUAAGCCGAACAUCUGGACAUAUACUUGUCUGAUCCAUGGGUACCUCUCUGCAGGACAGUGGAAAAAGGUGGUUCGAAGGCUCGAAGAAAUGUACACAUGUGGUCUUCAUCCAGAUGUUGUUACUUAUGGUUUGCUGCUGGAUUAUCUAUGCAAGAAUGGAAAAUGCUCAGAGGCUAGGAAGAUUUUUGAUUCCAUGUUUAGGAAGGGCAUAAAACCUAAUGUAACUAUCUAUGCAUUCUUAUUCACGGAUCUGAUGGUAGCAAAUGGUAUUUCACCUGAUCAUUACAUCUUUAACAUAGUGUUUUGUGCCUACGCUAGAAAGGCAAUGAUAGAUGAGGCAAUGCAUAUAUUUAGAAAAAUGAGGCAGCAUGGGUUGAGUCCUGAUGUAGUCAAUUAUGGAACAUUAAUAGAUGCACUUUACAAGUUGAGAAGAGUGGAUGAUGCCGUGCUUAAAUUCAAUGAGAUGAUCAACGAAGGGGUGACUCCAAACAUUGUUGUUUUUAGCUCGCUGGUUUAUGGACUCUGUACUGUAGACAAAUGGGAGAAGGCAGAGGAAUUAACUUUUGAAAUGUGGGAUCAAGGAGUCCGUCCUAACGUUGUGUUCUUCACCACCAUAAUGUGUAACUUACGCAAAGAAGGACAGGUGAUGGAAGCCCAAAGUGUCAUUGACUUCAUGGAGCGUGUGGGCGUGAGACCUGAUGUUAUCUCAUAUACUACAUUAAUAGGUGGCCACUACUUAGCUGGUAGAACUGAUGAAGCGGCAAAGUUACUUGAUGUUAUGCUCUCAGUUGGCUUGAAACCGGACAUUUUAUGCUAUGAUACAUUGCAUCAUGGCUACUGUAAAGCUGGCAGGAUAGACAAUGCAUAUUGUCUUUUCCGAGAAAUAUUGAGGAAGGGAGUUACGCCUGGAGCUGUGACUUACAGUACUAUACUGCAAGACUGGGAGAUUUUUUGA